CACCCCUAAAAUGUCAACCCUGAGUCCUUCCGCGUACUACGCCGACACCGGUGCCCCAAUUGCCCGGCUCUCGGCCAAGACCUACUUCCAACAGCUGAGCCGUAACGAGAAGCUGUAUGCCCACUACAUGGCCAAGGCGGGCCAUUGGGGAACAAGAGUCAUCUUGCGCUCUGUUUCGCCCGAGUCGGAGCGGAUCUACGACCUGAUCCUGGCCACCCACGCUGCUGUCAAGGCAGACUAUUCCCAUCUGGAAAAGCAUCUGGGCAAGGACAUCGUCAAAUGGUACUUGGAGUACGCCUCCCAGUUUUUGGGCAACUUGGGCAACUACAAGUCGUUUGGCGACGUGAAGUUCAUCCCGCGGCUGUCCAAGGGCGACUUCGAGACGCUGGUCGAGCUCGUCAACGACGAGGUGUGUCUGCAGCUGUUUGAGCAGGUCAAGGACGACAUGUACGCCCUGGACUCGAAACGGGUGCUGUUGGGUUGGCCCGCUGAAGGUCACGUGACCGGCUACUACCUGAACACUUUGACGAAGGCCCAAGUCGAGGCUAUCAACUCUGCGCUUGCCGCACACGGAAUCAUGCCGGAAAACACGAGACUCGAGAAGGUGGACGACACGCUGUUUCGCGUGCACGUCGCGUCGGCCAACAUCUCCAACUCGACGGGCUACUAUCCCGACACAAUCAAGUUCGACAUAGACGGCAAACAAGCUUCCCUGGAGUUUGCAUUUGGCGACCACUCGGCUGAGUUCGCCAAGAUCGUCGAGAACCUUGUUCAGGCCAAGAAGUACGUCGCGAACGAGACACAACUUAAAAUGCUCGAAAACUACAUCGAGUCUUUCCAGACAGGCUCUAUGAACGCCCAUUACCAGUCACAGGUGCAUUGGGUCAAGGAUAUGGGUCCUGCUGUAGAGACCAACAUCGGCUUCAUCGAGACGUACAGAGAGCCGGCCAACGUCCGCGGUGAGUGGGAGUGUUUGGUGGCGAUGGUCAACAAGGACAGGACGGCCAAGUUUGGCGAGCUUGUGCGCAAGGCACGUGACUUCAUAGCGGAGCUGCCGUGGAGCAAAGAUUACGAAAAGGACGUGUUCACGCCGCCUGACUUCACGUCGCUCGAGGUCCUGUCAAUGACGACGAGCGGCGUGCCCGCAGGCAUCAACCUGCCCAACUACGACAAGGUUCGGAUCAAUCUCGGGUUCAAGAACGUGUCGUUGGGCAACGUUCUAAGUGCCAAGUCUGGCAAGGAGCCUGUCACAUUUGUCGAUGAGCAGACACAGCAAUUGUACGAGAAAUAUCGUGCGGAGGCGUUUGAGGUGCAAGUGGGAAUCCACGAGCUGCUGGGCCACGGCACGGGGAAGCUGCUGAUGGAGACCGACGACGGCGAGUUCAACUUUGACGUGAAAAAUCCGCCGCUAGGGCUUGACGGUAAACCUGUGUCCACCUACUACAAAAAGGGCGAGACGUGGGGGUCGCUGUUCGGGUCUGUGUCGGGCGCGUUUGAGGAGUGCCGUGCAGAGUCGGUGGCCAUGAGUCUCUUCACUAACAGAACGUUGUUGUCGGUGUUUGGUUUCAAAGAGCCAAAGGAGCAGGACGAUGUGCUAUUUGUUUCUUAUCUGACGAUGUGUCGUGCGGGACUGCUGGCGUUGGAGUAUUACGACCCAGAAAACCAGAAAUGGGGCCAGCCGCACUGUCAGGCCCGGUUUGCGAUCCUCAAGACGUACUUGGACGCCGGCGAAGGGCUGGUCUCACUGGAGUACACACGGCCAGACUACGACGACCUGGUCAUCAAGGUGGAUAGAACCAAGAUCGAGACGGUUGGGCAACGUGCGAUCGAUGAGUUUCUCAAGAAACUGCACAUUUACAAGUGUUCUGGCGACGCUGUGAACGGGACGAAAUUCUUCGUCGAGCACACCACCCCGGACCCGGAAUUGCUCAAGUUCAGAGACGUUGUGGUUGCCAAGAAGCUACCAAGGAAGCAGCUGGUGCAGGGCAACACUGUGUUACGCGGGGAUGACGUCGACGUGGAGGAAUACGCCGAGUCUGAGAUCGGCAUGAUUGAGUCAUUUAUUCACAGAGAUACAUAAUCCAGGACCAGCGGAAUUAGUAUCUAAUUUCUUUUUUGGGCAUUUUUUAUUUUUUUAUUUUUCUCAUUGUCUACCAUGGCUUUCGUUGAGAAAGCCAAAAAGGCUGCGCUAUGGUUUGCGAAGACGUACUGGUUCUACAUUGGGCUGGCGAUUUUCGUGGUGAUCGCGCGGUUUGCACCGAAUUUCGCCCGCCACGGAGGGCUUAUUCGCGCAGAGUACACCAUUGGGUACGGUGCUGUGGCGCUCAUUUUCCUGGGGUCCGGCCUGUCCAUGGGCACAAAGCAGCUUAUGGCCAACAUGGCGAACUGGCGCGCGCACACGGUCGUCUUGGUGCUGCAAUUUCUUAUCACUCCGGCGAUAAUGUAUGGAUUCUGCUGUGCAAUCAGAGCGGCUCAUAAUCCCCAGAUCGAUGACUGGCUGCUUGUGGGGCUAAUUGUGACGGCGUGCUGUCCGACGACGGUGGCGUCGAACGUGGUGAUGACGCGGCAGGCCGACGGAAACGAGCUUUUGACGCUGAGCGAGGUGUUCAUUGGCAAUAUGCUGGGAGCCUUUAUUACUCCCGCGCUGUGCCAGAUGUUCUUCAGGGGAGCAUGGGAAUUCGGCAACCCGGCAAACGGCUCGUCGAUCACACGGGUCUACAGAGACGUGAUGCAGCAGAUCGGGUGUAGCGUCUUUGUGCCGACGUUUGUUGGGCAGGUGGUGCAGAACCUGUUCCCGAAGCAGACCAAAUGGUUUCUCACCACGUUCCGGUUCAACAAGGUGGGCUCGUUCAUGCUCUUGCUAGUGAUGUUUUCGUCGUUUUCGACGGCAUUCUACCAGCACGCGUUCACGGCAGUAAGCCACGCGUCGAUCAUCCUGGUGUGUUUUUUCAACGUCGGGAUCUACAUGCUGUACACGGUGAUCUGCUUUGCUGUAUCGCGGCCGAUUUUCCUGAAAAAAUUGCCCGAGCCUGCGGAACAGCGUGGUGCGUACGCUUGGUUCCACAAAACUGUGGCUCCGUUUUACUACGACCGCCCAGACACGGUGGCCGUGAUGCUGUGCGGAGCGGCGAAAACGGCCGCAUUGGGGGUGUCGCUGGUGUCGGCACAAUACGGCGACAAGAACGAGUACCUGGGACAGCUGCUGGUGCCGUUGGUGCUGUACCAGAGCGAGCAGGUGCUGUGUGCGGGCUUCCUGACCUGGUUCAUGAAGAUGUGGAUCCAUGCCGAGGACAGAGCCAAGGAGGUUGAGAGUGAUAGUGCCUAACAGAUGACGUAGAGGUGGGUAGCCGCGAGCGGCCCCGAGCACCUGCCUAUUAGUGGGUUGAGGCUUUGUGCAUGCACCGUAAGUUGCCUAUCCACAGAAUCCACCCAACUCAAGCCCUUAUGGCCAAGUUGGUAAGGCGCCACACUAGUAAUGUGGAGAUCCUCAGUUCAAAUCUGAGUGGGGGCAUUAUUUUUUUGCCCCGAUCUAAUGUAAUAAUAAU